CAAGCGUUUGGCGCUGGUGGUAUUAGCUGUUGGGCGCGAAGUGAUUAAUGCGAUAGAGACCGUAUUGAUUGAAGAUAAUAUAACAUCAGAAAACCCAUCAGUCUUCAGGAAAUGUGGAAUAUUGUUCGAAACAAUCGCACAAUUUCUUAUUUGUCGACAAAUGUAAACAUAUAUCAAUGACGUUAACUGUACAUUUUGCGUAAUGACAAACGUAAACAUCGGAGUGAACCCCCAAACGCAUACAAGGGUAUUUGAAAUGUAGGAGGUAACGUUGGUUACAGAAAACUCGGAUCAUUAGGAUGGAAGUCACACAUCUUGAAGAUUUGCAAUCAGAGAACACUGUUUUGAGCUGAAGUAGCAAAAUGCAACUUUGUUAACAUAUGGAAUUGUCAUUUUCAGUGACAAGAGUUUAAAAAAUGAAAGAAAUUAAGAAUGUAUUAGAGAAAAGUGAAAACAUCCCCGCAUGGAAUUUAUCAGUUUAAAUGAUUAUGAUUCACUACUUGAAGAUAGUGGUCUGUCAGAUACUGUAGUACCAAAUGAUGUACAGCCAAAUACUACUACACUGUACAACUGAGGACUGUGACAGUAUAAUGAAGCAGAACAUUAAGCGAAUUUAAUAAAAAAGUCAUGUAAAGGGCGUGGUCCAGAUUGUGAUACAAUCUGAGCUUUCAGUAGUUAGCAAAGGGUAAUGGUGAAUUUGAUGUCAUUCUAAUUACUUACACACUGAUGAGCCAAAACAUUACAAAUAUUGUGAGAUUGAGUGCUGCGUGGUGGUGGUGGUGGUGGUGGUGGUGGUGUGGGCAUGUGAUGUAAGGAAAGUAGACAAGGUGGUCGGAAAUUCCCAUUACAAGCUUCCAGGACAUGUAGAGGGUAGAGAGUACAGAACAUUUUGAAUAGUAACCCAUGUCCAGAAUUGUAUCGUUUCCGUUCUACGACAGUUUCAAUUCAGAUGUCUCAAGAGUUCCCUGUCCUGGUAUGCAACAGGGUAGACACAACGAUGUGUACUACAUCAAACGAUCCUCAGAUGUCCCUUAUUGUCUGCUUUGCUGUGAGACCGAGUCAAUACCUGUGCAUCACCGAUAGAGGAAACAUGGUGCAGUACAUGUUUGCGGAAUACACAGACAUGCUCCUUGUGUAUAGCGAAGUUGGAGGUAACGGAAGAGCUGCUAGUCGAACGUUUUCCACACUGUCACACUCCAUCACACAAACUGUUUGCCCAAGUUACACAACGGCUGCGAGAAACAGGUACCUUCACUGUGAGGAGGCAGGACUGUGGUGCUCCACGGCGACGCUGCACUCCCGAAUUUGAAGAAGGUGUACUGUGUUGUAUUGAAGAUAGCCCAUCAAUGAGUUCGCGAACAAUUGAACAAUUGCUGUUUUGUCUAAAACUGACAUGGUGAGGCCGUGGCUGUAUACAAUUAAUGUAGGUUAGUUCUUACAAAGAAGAAAACAGCAACCAGCCACUAUUAACUAUUUAGGUAAAUCAUGCCGUUACCGGUUUUGAACUGGCAAGUUCAUCAUCAGACGGCUGUUCACAUGAUUUUAAAGAUACACUUUACAUUAUUGUCCGUUUUUAAUUUUUAUUAUUCCACUGUGGCGAAUUAUUUAUUCAACUAACAUCACCUUCACAAAUACUGAACUUGCCCUCAUAAACAAAGGUCUUACCCACAACAUAGAACCAAAUCUUAAUGGCAAUAACCUAAAAAGCCUUAUUGCAUCCACUAAGCUUGCAUGUGAUGCUGCUAAAUUGAAUCCCAGUGAAACAAAUGCUAUAGGCUUCAAAGCCAAUAAAAUAAUCACAAGACACCUAAAAAAUACUUCACAUAAAAACAGUGACCAAAAGACACUGAAUUGUAUCAACUCCAAACUUUCUAACAGUAAAGCUCUAAUAGUGAAGGCAGACAAAGGUAACUGUGCAGUUGUAAUGUAUGAAAAUGAUUAUGUUGACAAAACCAUGGAAUUUUUUAGUAGUAAUAACAUCAUCGAAUUAGACAUUGAUCCCACUUCUAAAUUUCAAGCCAAACUUAAGAAAACUCUUAAGAACUGUAAUUUCCUCCUAAGCAAAUGGGAAGUACAGGACUGCAUUACUAUGAACCCCACUGCCCCUCGCCUUAGGUCACAGCCCAAGAUACAUAAACAGCACUGCCCAAUCAGGCCUAUUUUUAACUCUAGGAACAGCCCUUCAUACAGAUUUAAUAACAAACUGCUAGCUCUUCUAAAUAGCCAUUAUACUUUUGAAACCAACUACUCUAUUAGGAACACGUUUGAGCUCAUUGACAAAAUUAAGGAUGUGCACAUUCCACCGACAGCCAGAUUUGCAUCGCUUGACAUUGUAAAUCUCUAUACUAACAUCCCUAUACAGGACACCAUAAAUAUAAUCAAGAACAAUCUGCUUAGACACAAGAAACUGAGUAUGGCAGAAAUCUAUGAGUUCAUUGAGUUACUCACAUUGGUGUUGUCAUACAAUUACUUCAGGUUUAAUAACAAAAUUUACAAACAGAAGGAUGGGUUGGUAAUGGGUAGCAGCCUAGCAGGGAAGUUAGCAGACAUCUACGUAAACCACUUAGAACACACAUUUUUCAAAACUAACAGUCACAUCAACAGCAAAAUCAUCUGCUAUAAAAGGUAUGUAGAUGAUACAAUUAUUCUUUUUGAUGGCACUAAUGAAGAAAUUGACACAUUAGCAACCAAGCUGAGUAGCAUGCACAGUAACAUCAAAUUCACUGUUGAACGUGAAUCCAAUAACAGCAUCAAUUUCUUAGAUUUAAAAAUUUCCAGCAAAAAACAGAAACAUCAUUUUGAAAUUUACAGAAAGCAAACAGCCACAGAUGUGUGCAUCAACAGCUCAUCUUGCCAUCCAAACCAACAUAAGAUGGCAUACUUCAGGUUCAUGCUUAAUCGCUUGCACAAAAUUCCACUGGAACCAGUUGAACAACAUAAAGAAAUCAAUAUCAUUAAAGCCAUAGCUCUAAACAAUGGAUAUAACCCACACAUGAUUGAUAAAUUAUCACAAAAAAUAAAAAAAAAGACAACAAAGCUCCACACCAGAAACCUAUGCAGUCAACACAAAAAUCUGCAGAAAGCAGCAGAAAAUAUGUCUCACUUCCUUUUCUAGAGAGCAUAUCCAAAUAAGUAAUCUCUUCAAAAACAUAAAUAUAAGCUUCCACACAAACCAUAAACUUCAGCAGCUAACCAUUCAUAACAUAAAGAAUAACAACCCCCCUUACAAAAGAUCAGGUAUAUAUAAACUCAGAUGCCAAAAUUACCCUUCCUUCUAUACUGGACAGACUGGGAGAAACUUUGAGAUUCGAUUCAAAGAACAUUUAGAUGCCAUGUCUGAACAGUCCUUCAAAAUCUGCAUUUGCAAUGCACACAACUCUCAGUAAACAUAGCGUAAAAAACAUUGAAGACCACAUUCAAAUAUUGCGUCAUGUUGAGAAAGGUAGCCUCAUGAAUCUGCUUGAAGAGAGAGAAAUAUAUAUACACACAAAAGCAAAUCACCACAUCAUAUUAUUAAUGAACAGACAGAGCUAGCCAAUGCAACCUUUCUACAAAACUUCACUCACCUAUUAUCCAGCCUAAAACAUAAAUAAACACUACUCAUUUUAACAACAACUUGCAGUCAAUAAUCGAAAGAAAGUAUUACAUCAUGAUAUAGCUGUCCACUCAAUCACACAUUACUGCAACUGUAAAAUUGAUUUAAAAAUAAAAGUGGUGUGACAUACUACAUUUAUAUCAUUACUACUGUCACAUUACUCAGAUAUAUCAUGUAAAUGUUGUCACCUGUUUAUUGCACUGUAUUUACACAGUACCAUAUAAGCAACAUUCAUGCAACUGGCCAUCACAUUUUCCCAAUUUAUUUGUAAUUAUUGCUCAGUGAAUAUGCUAUUCUUUGUAAUAUAAA